CCUGCCUUGAAACUCGAUCGCCUAACGGGACCACAAGCCCUUGGGUUGAGCCGUGAUGUCCAAUUGCAAGCCCCAAACCAGCACGAUGGAGCCAGAACGCGUACAUGCCAGGGAUCAGUAAACCCCAAAAAUAUGCAUGGUCCAUCUAGUUAUCACUUUCUUUGUCUUUAGUGCCGGCUACGUAUAUCUCUGGUCUUCUCCAGGGUCCAUAAGACUUGGCAGUUUGGCCGCUCAGGUCUUAUAAGAUCCACACCCCUCUCUCUCCUCGGAGGCUUAUACCAACAACGAACUGUCGCGCCUUUUAAUUUCUCAUUCUCUGUCUCUUAGCGGUUUUCGAUUCCCUUCUAAUUGCCUAUUUUCACGCCAUUCACGUCGUUCACGCCCGCCCACUCAGUCACCAAAUCCCCCGCAUAGACCACAGAUACAGGAAUGCCGCUCCCAGAGAACUACAAUUACUACCACUUCCACCCCAACAAGGUCAUCGGCAUCGUCGCAACCGCCCUCUAUGGCACCAGCGCCAUAUUCCACAUCGUGCAGCUAUGGCGCGCGAGGGCCUGGUACUUUCUAUCCCUCCUCACCGGCGCCUUCAUGAUGACCCUCGGCUACAUCUUCCGCGUCAUGGGCGCCGAAGAUCCGACAGCCUUCGGGCCCUUUGUCGCGCAAUCGAUCUGCAUCGUGCUCCCGCCCGCCUUCUACGCCGCCACCAUCUACAUGACCUACGGCCGCAUCGUGAACCACGUCGGCCGCGACGACCUCUCGCUCGUGUCCGCCCGCAAAGUCACCAAGAUCUUCCUCUGGGGCGACAUCACCGCCAUCAUCGGCCAGUCGACCGGCGGCGGCCUGACGCCCAACGGCGGCAGCCUGGCCAAGGUCGGCGACGGCAUCACCGUGGCGGGUCUCUUCGUGCAGCUCGUCUUCUUCGGCUUCUUCCUCGUCGUGACGAUUAUUUUCGAGCGCAGGAUGCACGCGGAGGCGUUUAAGCGGCCCUACCCGAAGUGGCUGGUCCUGAUUUGGGUGCUGUUCUUCGUGUCGGCGCUGAUUAUCAUUCGGUGCAUCUUUCGGAUCAUUGAGUAUAUUCAGGGCGCGGAUGGGUAUCUGGCGACGCAUGAGGUGUAUCUGUAUGUCUUUGAUACGUUGCCCAUGUUUGUCGUCCAGGUUAUCUUUCACUUCUGGUAUCCGGGUGAUAUUCUCACGCCGAGAGAGCCGCAGGGGAUUCCGUUGACGUCGCAGGGCACGGGGUCGGAUGAGACGGCGUAGAUUGCACUGGUUUAUAGUUUUAUUCUUACUUCGUUCUAGGAUGACCAUGUCUGGGGCUAGGAGACCCAGUGUAUAGAUCAUGAGCAGGGGUUAAUGUCUGGCGUUCAUUGCGAUGAUUUUCGGUAUUGUUUCAACAUUUCAACAUGUGAGCGUUCGUUUAUUGAUUUAGACUUGAGUCAAUGUUUUGCAGAUCAGACUAGACAGACAGAUAGAUCGAG